AUAUGUUUGAUUUGACCAAUAAUUAAUAAAAUCUUAUCAUUUCUUCGAUUAACCCAAAUUACUAUUAUGGGUUCUUCAUCGUAUUAAUUAGCUGUGAUUGUGAACCUUCUCUUCUCUCAAGAGAGAGAGAGAGAGAGACUUCUCUGACGCCAUUGACAACAAGCUCCAUAGCUUUCCCGCGAAAUAGAGAGAAAAACAGAGACACAAAAAAAUAACAACAACAUAAACAUAAACAAAAAUAAACAUUAAACAAAACAGAAAACUCUCUGUUUCGAGAAGACAGUCCCUGUUUUCUCUCUGUUCUUGCAUCUGCAUCUGCAAUCUUCUCAUACUUUAUUUCUUUUUUUUGCAUGAAAAAUCAACCUUGACAAAUUCCAAUUUUUCAUUUUUUGAUAAAAUUUUGACACCCCAUUUUGUAAUACCAUGUGGGUUGUGUGAAAGUAGCAAAAUUUCUUGAGUUUGGUUGGUGCAAUGCGCGUUCAAAGCAAAGGCUCUAUAAGGGUCAAAAUGCAAGAUCUAGGACAAGUCUUUGUUCAACCCUUUCACCUUCUUCUUGUUCUUCUUCCUGUUUCUCUUGUAAACAGGGUGAAUUUUCAUCACUCUUUGUUGUUUGCUUCCUCGAACAUUCUGUUUCCUAGUUGAUGAUUCCAUUGACCGGUUUUGUAGGCUCAGUUGAACGUGUCUGUUUCUGGGUUUUUGGUCUUUUUCAAAUUUCAACCAACACGUUUGUUUUCUCCUAAGUUCCAACAGUAUAUAGAGAUUUGAUAUAGAGAUUUGAUUGCAGGCUUCAACAUAUAUAUAUAUUUCUGUUGUUAUUUUGUUGUGUCAGCCAGCCUGCAUCAUCAUAAUCAUAAGAAUCAUAACCUUUCCCUCACACUCUCCUUGUUUCUCUGACAUUCCUUUGUUGUUUGUUUCUGGGUCUUUGACCCUUUUCUGGUUUGCACCCUUGUUGCUUCCAUAGUAUGAUUUUCAUGUGUCUGUGACAAAAGGGUUUCUUCUGAGCUUACUGGGGUGGUCAAAUUGUGGUGUGUUUGGUGGUUGUGCAUUGGAGACUGUGAUCUUGAAACUUGAAGUUGAAACUGAGCUUAGGUGGUGGUUUUGUUGGCAGUUUGUGUGGUGGGAGGAGCAAUUAGUUUCAUCUCAGUGGCUCUUUCUUUGUGCUUUUUUGGGGGGUGAAAGGGUAGGGAAAGAAUGAGGGGUGAAAGGAGGAAGAGGCUGCAUUUUAGUAAGAUCUACUCAUUUGCUUGUGGGAGAGCUUCAUUCAAAGGAGAUCAUUCACAGAUUGGAGGGCGUGGAUAUUCAAGGGUGGUGUUCUGCAAUGAACCAGAGAACUUUGAAGUUGGGAUUAAGAACUAUGCAGAUAAUUCUGUGACUUCCACAAAAUAUAAUAUUGCUACUUUCUUGCCAAAAUCACUGUUUGAGCAGUUUAGGAGGGUUGCUAACUUCUAUUUCUUGGUGACUGGAAUCUUGGCUUUCACAAAGCUUGCUCCUUAUACUGCUGUCAGUGCUAUCCUUCCUCUGAUUAUUAUUAUUGCUGCAACUAUGGUCAAAGAGGGUAUUGAAGAUUGGCGCCGGAAAAAGCAGGAUAUGGAGGUGAACAAUAGAAAAGUUAAAGUUCAUAAAGGGCAUGGAACUUUCGAAUAUACUGAAUGGAAGAAUCUGAAAGUGGGGCAUAUAGUAAAGAUAAUGAAGGACGAAUUUUUCCCUGCAGACCUCCUUCUUCUUUCAUCUAGCUAUGAAGAUUCAAUUUCCUAUGUUGAGACCAUGAACUUGGAUGGAGAGACAAAUUUGAAGUUAAAACAAGGGUUGGAAGUAACUUCUGCCUUACAUGAGGAUUCCGAGUUUAGUGAUUUCAAAGCUACAAUCAAAUGUGAAGACCCAAAUGCAAAUUUAUAUUCAUUUGUUGGGACCCUGGAGUUUGAAGAGCAACAAUAUCCCCUCUCUCCUCAGCAGCUUCUUUUGAGAGACUCUAAACUCCGUAACACGGAUUACAUAUUUGGAGCUGUCAUCUUCACUGGUCACGAUACAAAGGUUGUUCAAAAUUCUACUAAUCCCCCCUCAAAGAGAAGCAAAGUUGAGAAGAAGAUGGAUAGAAUUAUCUACUUCUUGUUUUGCAUCUUAUUUCUGAUGGCAUUUGUUGGAUCUAUUUUCUUCGGUGUUGCGACUAAAGAUGAUUUGGAUGACGGGGUGAUGAAAAGAUGGUAUUUAAGACCGGAUGAUUCGACAAUUUUCUUUGAUCCUAAAAGAGCAGUUGCUGCUUCUGUAUAUCAUUUUCUUACAGCCUUAAUGUUAUAUGGCUUCUUCAUUCCCAUCUCAUUGUAUGUUUCAGUAGAAAUUGUCAAAGUUCUUCAAAGUAUCUUCAUCAACCAAGAUAUCCAUAUGUACUAUGAAGAAGGAGACAAACCGGCCCAUGCCCUCACCUCAAACUUAAACGAGGAACUUGGCCAAGUUGACACAAUACUUUCUGAUAAAACUGGAACUCUGACAUGCAACUCAAUGGAGUUCAUCAAAUGUUCCAUUGCUGGAGUAGCUUAUGGCCGCGGUGUUACGGAGGUCGAGAGGGCCAUGAGUAGAAGAAUCGAUUCUCCUUUGAAUAUUGACAUCAGGGAAUCUCCUGAUAGAAGUGCACCCACCAUCAAAGGUUUUAACUUUGCAGAUGAAAGGAUCAUGAAUGGAAACUGGGUUAGUGAGCCUUAUGCAGAUGUUAUCCAGAAUUUUUUUCGCUUAUUGGCAAUCUGUCAUACAGCCAUACCAGAUGUGGAUGAAGAAGACACGGGAAAUGUCACAUAUGAGGCUGAAUCUCCAGAUGAAGCAGCAUUUGUGAUUGCAGCAAGAGAAAUUGGUUUUGAAUUCUAUAAAAGAACUCAAACUAGUUUAUCAAUGUACGAAUUGGAUCCAGUUUCUGGUGAAAAAGUUGAAAGGACUUACAAACUUCUCCAUGUACUAGAAUUCAAUAGCUCGAGGAAGCGAAUGUCAGUGAUAGUGAAGGAUGAAGAAGGGAGAAUUAUGCUUCUCUGUAAAGGUGCUGACAGUGUCAUGUUUGAAAGGCUUGCCAAGGAUGGGAGGGAGUUUGAAGAGAAAACCACGGAACAUGUAAAUGAAUAUGCUGAUGCAGGUUUAAGAACCCUGAUACUGGCGUAUCGUGAACUUGAUGAAGAACUAUACAAUGAGUUUGAUAGUAAGUUUUCUCAAGCCAAAAAUUCAGUUACAGAAGAUCGGGAAACACUGAUUGAGGAAGCAUCAGAUAAGAUUGAGAGGAAUCUAAUCCUUCUCGGUGCUACUGCUGUAGAGGACAAGCUUCAAAAUGGGGUUCCUGAGUGCAUUGACAAGCUUGCACAAGCUGGAAUUAAGAUCUGGGUUUUGACUGGGGAUAAAAUGGAGACUGCCAUCAAUGUUGGGUUUGCUUGUAGUUUGCUUAGACAAGGAAUGAAACAGCUUAUAAUUCAAUUGGAGACUCCAGAAAUUCUAGCUUUAGAGAAGGCUGGAGACAAGUCGGCGAUUGCCAAGGCUUCCAAGGAAAAUAUCCGCCAACAGAUAUCUGAAGCUAUUCAACAGCUUGCUGCCUCCAGAGGAACCUCUCAAAGAGCAUUUGCUUUAAUUAUUGAUGGAAAAUCACUUGCUUAUGCUCUACAUGAUAGUAUAAAGGACAUGUUUCUAGAGCUCGCGAUUAAGUGCGCAUCUGUUAUCUGCUGCCGCUCGUCUCCGAAGCAAAAAGCACUGGUCACUAGACUGGUUAAAUCUGGAACUGGCAAAACGACAUUAGCUAUUGGUGAUGGAGCUAAUGAUGUUGGAAUGCUUCAAGAAGCAGAUAUAGGGGUUGGAAUCAGUGGUGUUGAAGGAAUGCAGGCCGUUAUGUCUAGUGAUAUUGCAAUUGCACAGUUUCGUUAUUUGGAAAGGUUACUUCUUGUACACGGACAUUGGUGUUACCGGAGGAUCUCAUCAAUGAUAUGCUAUUUUUUCUACAAGAAUAUCACAUUUGGCUUUACCCUAUUCUUGUAUGAGGUGUAUGCAUCAUUUUCUGGACAGCCUGCAUACAAUGACUGGUUUCUGUCUCUGUAUAAUGUCUUCUUUUCAUCACUUCCCGUGAUUGCCCUUGGCGUCUUUGACCAGGAUGUAUCAGCUCGGUACUGCCAGAAAUUUCCUUUGUUAUAUCAAGAAGGUGUGCAAAAUGUCCUCUUUAGCUGGCGUCGAAUACUUGGCUGGAUGCUCAAUGGAUUCAUCAGUGCCAUAAUAAUUUUCUUCUUCUGCACAAAGGCAAUGGAGAUUCAGGCCUUUGACGAGGAGGGGAGAACCGCUGGGAGGGACAUAUUGGGAGCGACGAUGUACACAUGCGUGGUUUGGGUUGUGAACUUGCAGAUGGCACUUUACAUCAGUUACUUCACCUUGAUUCAACAUAUUUUCAUCUGGGGAUCCAUUGCGAUCUGGUAUCUCUUCCUCCUCGCGUACGGAUCAUUGCCUCCGAGCCUCUCCACAAAUGCUUACAAAGUCUUCACUGAAACCCUUGCUCCAUCUCCUUCCUUCUGGAUUGUGACAUUGUUUGUGGUGGUCUCAACUCUCAUACCGUACUUCUCUUACUCAGCACUGCAGAUGCGGUUCUUUCCUUUGUUUCACGAAAUGGUGCAGUGGAUUAGGUAUGAAGGGAAGGCGAAUGAUCCCGAGUUUUGUGCUAUGAUGCGGCAGGGGUCGUUGAGGCCAACAACGGUUGGUUCGACAGCUCGCUUAGCAGCUAAGGAUGAUGAUAACUUUACUAGAGAGAACGGCACUAACCAUAGAUGAUGCAUUUUGUGUAUAGCAGCCUGAAAAAUGUAUUAUUGUGGCUCCUCUUCAACCGUAUUUUGGCUGGGAAGUUGGAUGGAAAAAUAAACUGUAUACCUGUUUUUUUGUUUGCUAUUGAGGCUGUACAGCGGUUAAUUUGUAAUUUUCUUUUUGUAUCAUAGAAUGUAGCAGUUACUGUGUAUAGGUAGAAUUCUUUGUAGGAUUGCAUAGCGCUUCUGAUAUAGAAAUCUUAUCUUAAGAGUUCCCUUUUCGUGUCAAGUUAUUCUUUUGUUGCUACAUGCAAUUGAUCAUCUUAUAAAUCCCUGCAUCACUCUUUUAUGAUUUA